CGGAAUCGGCUGUUGUCCCCCAGAAGGCUGUGAUUGUUUGGGGGCAUGUGGCGUUGCCUGGCGCGGAGUCUGCUGCGGGAGGGGCGACGGCUCAGCUGCCCUUCCGGGCUUUCCGUUGUUCUCGUGAGGAGGCCGAGCUGGCAGAAGCCGGCGCAGCGCUCGCUCAGUAGUCUGCCUGAUGUGCAUGAGCUGUUCGCCAUGCCGCUUCUGCAGCGCUUCCUGGAGCGGCAGCAGCAGUCAGAGCACUGUAGCAGGCCCCGGCCGCAGUUGACGGCGCUGAUUCGCCUCCUGACGGCCAAGGAGCAGGAGCUGCGCGACACUGAACGCCUGGCACGGGAAGAUGAAAAUGAAGAUUUGCGGAAGCUUGCAGAGAUGGAAGUUGUUUCCUGUUGCAAAGAGAUAGCAGAACUGAAACGACAGGUAGUAUUGCUUUUGAUUCCUUCAGAAGAAAUAGAUGAAAGUGAUCUCAUCCUGGAAGUAUCGGCUGGAGUUGGAGGGCAGGAAGCAAUGCUCUUCACAGCAGAAAUGUUUGACAUGUAUGAACACUACGCUGCAUAUAAAAAUUGGAGUUUUGAAAUUCUGGAAUAUAUGUCCAGUGAUAUAGGUGGUUUGAGACAUGCAUCUGCCAGUAUAGGUGGUCUUGAAGCUUAUAGACGUAUGAAGUUUGAAGGAGGAGUACAUCGUGUACAACGAGUGCCUAAGACAGAGAAGCAAGGCCGCAUUCAUACUAGCACAAUGACAGUAGCAGUAUUACCACAACCCACGGAGAUAAAUCUGACAGUUAAUCCCAAGGACUUACGUAUUGAAACAAAACGAGCCAGUGGGGCUGGUGGACAGCAUGUGAAUACCACAGACAGUGCUGUUCGAAUAGUCCACAUUCCCACAGUUUUGACCAGAUACAUUUUGAUUGGAUAUAUAAAUUCCCCAGACUCUGUUAAGUUUUCAGAAACUGGGACCAAAGGAAGAUCCGAGAAGAUCAGAACCUACAACUUUCCACAGGAUCGAGUUACUGACCACAGAAUAACCAGAUCAGUGUAUCACAUUGAAAGGUUCCUGUUGGGAGAAGAACUGCUAGAUGAACUGAUACAGGCUCUAAGAGAAUAUGCUGACUAUGAGACUCUAAUGGAAGUCAUUUCAGAAAGUAACCCAACCAGGCUGAGCUGAUCUUCAUCACAUUCUAUCUCCGCAGGUAUGGGAAAGCAACUAAACUAGCUGCACGCUUGUUUGCUU